AUGGAACCAAAACUUUCAAGAUGCGUUAUAGAGGAUAAUAAUCAAUCGAGAAGAAUUUCAUUAAACAACUUUGAAGAGGAUGAUGAGGACAGUUUAUUUGAUUUAGUUACUUUUUCAGAUGACAAUUAUGAUACUGACGAUUUUGACAAUGGGGAUAUUUUCAUUGAUUAUGACAGUGAUGAGGAUGAUGUAUUUGAUGCUAAUGAGGAUAAUGGUAUUAAUGACAACAAUAAUAAUGAUGACACAAUUGAUUUAACAGAAGAUGAACCAUUAGACGAACUUGAUGCAACAGAAGAUGAACAAUCAGACGAACUAGUUAUUUAUGAUGAAAAUUUUGAUGGUCAAAAUGAAAAUAUGGAUAAUCUUGAUUACCAAAUGGAAAAUGAAAGAGAAGAUAUAAUAGAAAGUGUUUCUCGUUACACUCAUGAGGAAGAUUCAAAUGAACAAGAAGAGAAUGCAGAGGAUGUGGUUGAUAUGGAUAAUCUUCAUUAUCCAAUGGGAAAUGAAAGAGAAGAUAUAAUAGAAAUUUUUUCUCGUUACACUCAUGAGGAAGAUUCAAACGAACAAGAAGAGAAUGAAGAGGAUGUGGUUGAUAUGGAUAAUCUUCAUUAUCCAAUGGGAAAUGAAAGAUAA